GGCAAGAAGAUGGCGGCCGUGUCAAGUGGAGGAGCUUCUGGGUCUGCUGCGACCGGGAUUACGCACUCUGCCCGACCGGCCGCAGGCAUUGGCACCCAGAAUAGAGCACAAACAUCCCCUGGGAUCAACCACCAAAGUCGACCUGCCCAAACGGCAGGGUGUAUCACUAACCCCGGCCACUCUUCGGUCAGCAGGCCAGCCCGAGUGGGCUACUAUGAAAUCGAGCGGACCAUCGGCAAGGGGAAUUUUGCCGUCGUUAAACUAGCCACACACCUUGUCACAAAAGCAAAGGUGGCGAUUAAAAUAGUGGAUAAGACACAAUUGGAUGAUGAGAACCUGAAGAAGAUAUUCCGUGAGGUUCAGAUUAUGAAGAUGUUGCGGCACCCCCACAUCAUUCGCUUGUACCAGGUGAUGGAAACAGAAAGGAUGAUAUAUUUAGUAACUGAAUAUGCUAGUGGUGGUGAGAUCUUUGAUCAUCUGGUGGCUCAUGGGCGAAUGGCGGAGAAAGAUGCCCGAAAGAAGUUUAAGCAGAUCGUGGCCGCUGUGCAUUUCUGCCACUGCAGGAACAUUGUGCACCGAGACCUGAAGGCAGAGAACCUGCUGCUAGACCAUAACCUCAACAUCAAAAUUGCAGAUUUUGGAUUUAGUAAUAUAUUCUCCAGGGGUCAGUUGUUAAAGACAUGGUGUGGUAGUCCUCCAUAUGCAGCUCCAGAACUCUUCGAGGGUAAAGAAUACGAUGGACCCAAAGUCGACAUAUGGAGCUUAGGGGUUGUGUUGUAUGUGCUGGUUUGUGGUGCUCUCCCAUUUGAUGGCAGUACAUUGCAGAACCUGAGAGCUCGAGUUCUCAGUGGAAAGUUCCGGAUCCCCUUCUUCAUGUCCACAGACUGUGAGUAUCUGAUUAGGCAUAUGUUAGUAUUGGAGCCAAGUCGCAGACUGACUAUGGAGCAGAUCUGUAAGAACAAGUGGAUGAAGCAGGGAGACCCAGAUCCUGAGUUUGAAAGGUUGAUAGCAGAGUGUGAACAGGUGAAGACUGAGAGGGAGGCUGAGGUGAUCAACGAGCAGGUCCUAAUGGUCAUGGUUGAUAUGGGACUGGAUCGAGAGCGCACCCUACAGUCCCUGCAUACUGAUGCAUAUGAUCACUACAACGCCAUCUAUUGCCUGCUCCUCGAUCGGCUGAAAAGACACAAAACUCUGCGUGUGACUCUACCUACCCCUCGCCCUAUUGGCUACACACUUAAUGCUGUGCAGGAUCAGGGUAAUGCUGUCAGUAUGCCUGUACCUCACGUACAGCUCAUAAACCCUGAGAACCAGAUAGUGGAGCCGGAUGGCACAAUGGCUUUGGAUAGUGAUGAAGGAGAGGAGCCAAGUCCGGAAGCCAUGGCGCGCUAUCUGUCCAUGAGACGACACACUGUAGGAGUACCAGACCCCAGGGCAGAGAUGCAGGAGGAGCUGCAGAAGUUGGCUCCUGGAUUUGUGCGGGUGCCCCCACCCCCCUUUGCCCCACUGCCUCCCACCAUGGCACAGAUCCCCACCUUCAUGCCCACCCAGAACUUCCAGCCCACACAGCAGCUCGAGUACAAGGAGCAGUCUCUGCUCCAGCCUCCUACCCUGCAGUUACUGAAUGGGAUGGGCCCUCUGGGGAGGCGGGCAUCAGAUGGUGGCGCGAACAUCCAGUUGCACGCCCAGCAGAUGCUGAAGAGACCUCGUGGGCAGUCGCCUCUCGUGGCCAGCCCCCACCCAAUCCCAGCUGUUGCCCCAGUAGAUGAAGAGGGUUCAGAUGGAGAGCCGGACCCAGAGGCAGUACAGAGGUACUUGGCGAACAGCUCCAAGCGACACACCACACACAACGUGGGGAGCUUGAACUACACCUCCUCCGAGCUCUCAGCAGACGCUCAGAGAGCAAGACUGCGGGGCUGGACCCCUGAACACUCACGGUCAUCUUAUAAGGACUGUAACACUUUGCACUUGCCAAUGGAACGUUUCUCUCCUGUACGCCGUUUUUCUGAUGGCGCCGCUACUAUUCAAGCCUUCAAAGCCCAGCUAGAGAUCAAGCAGCUCAAACAGGAAUGUGAGCAGCUGCAGAAGAUGUAUGCUGCCCCACAGGAUGAGAAACUACUGGAGCACACACAGCAACAACACGUUCUCUACCAGCAAGAACAACAGAUCUUACACCAGCAAAUACAGGCCCUUAAUUUGGGACAUGGAGAAAACCAGCCCAGUCAUCUUACCCACCAGCUUCAGAGGUUGCGAAUUCAGCCCUCCAGUCCACCACCUACACAUCCCAAUAACCAUCUUUUCAGGCCAGCCAAUCAGAGUCCUCCACCAGGGAGCCAAGGCAUGAUGCAGGCACAUGGCGCGCCAUCUGCUGUGCAGUUCCAGCAUGCCCCUGACCUGUACCAGUCGUCCAGCGGUAGCCCGCCCCCUACCAACCUCCCCCGGAUGACGAUGCCCAAUCAGGUACAGACACAGGCUUCUGGUCCUGCCCACGGAACUGUCGGAUUGGCUCAGGUCCUUCCACAGCAGCAACAAGUGACCAUUCAGGUCCAAGAGGUGGAGCUAGGAGGCCAGCGACAGAACUUCUUAGCAACACCAUGUCAUCGAGUUCUUGGGAAGCAGCUGAGUGCAGACAAUGCCGAAACACACAGUCGUAGCCUGGGCCGGUUCCACUGUUCAACGUCGGUGUAUGAGCAUGCCCAGUUCAAUGCCCACCUGUUUGGCGAAGGUGGGCGGGCUCCCGCGGGGGCGAGCGGCGUGGUGGGCACCUACAACUCCUACAUGCAGGGGGCCUCUCUGAAGGUGCCAGGGCUGGAGGGCUACCAGAGUGGCACUGCAGCAGGGGUGGCCUAUGCCAGCCCCUCUGCCCUGCAGCAGGCUCUGCUCUCUCCUACUCCGCUUGACUAUCGCCCCACCCAGCAGCAGCAGCACGUGACCCCCAUCCUGCAGGGCCUGCUGUCACCCCGCCACUCACUGACAGGCCACAGCGAUGCCCGCCUGCCCCCUCAGGACCUUGCCGCAUUGCUUAAACGCCAGAGUCCCCGCCCAGUCCCAACACCAGCUACACCCGCUAAUCCGCAGGAAUAUGGUGAGAUCUUGCUGUUGAGGCAGCUCGGCCAAGCCUCCAACAGCCUGGAGACCCUGUCUCCAGCACAGGCCCCGCCCACACAGCACUACCACCAUCUGCUGCAGAUCCGAACCCCACCUGAAUGCCCUGCCCCAACUAUCCCCCAUUCUGAGAGCAUGGAGGAGGACGAUGUCCCAGCCUACCAUGACGGCCUGCUGGCAAAGGCCACCACCCCCUGUGUAGAUGGACAUGAGCUAUUGGCACCACCAUGUGGGGACACACCUCCUUACUCCUCCCCGACACAUAGACACCCCUACAUGCGCAGCGCAACAACGGCAAGAGGAGCAGGUGGAGAGCAUGCGGACUGUGUGGGGGCGGUGGUGAUGGAGGGGGAUCAUAAUGCUACAUCAUAUGGUUCUCGCCCCACCCAGGGUGACCCCUACCGGCCCAGGGGGUCCCUACAGCGGCAUCACACCAUCCAGACUGCUGAUGAUGCUUAUGACCAAGCAGAGCCAAUGUCUGGAAUGAGCUUAUUGGCUGGAAAGGCACUAAGCUCUGCCCGUAUGUCAGAUAUCCUCAGCCAGUCGUCUUUGACAGGAAGCCAGCAGCUGCAUCAAAGGGAGGAGUCUGUGUGUGAUGUGGAGGGAGAGUUGCAUUCUGCUGCGUGCUACCCCUCCUCCUGUACCAGCGACAUGCUGCUAACCUACAAACCCCAAGACCUACAGUACAGCAUGGAGCAGGCCGGGGUCUAACUACACAGGGGUUUGUGCAGUGUAUAAAGCUCCAUAUCUGUCUCCUGUGUUCAGCUGUGUCAUGCCAAAUUGCCAUCAUUUGUCUGUAGGGGGCGUCAUGGGUCCUUUAGACAUGUACAGAUAGGAUGGGAGGGUUCUGUAUUGAAGAGUGGGGGGUGGGGGUGCUGUGCCCGUAUGCUACUUUUACAGAUUAUAAAAGAAGAGUCGCCAUUGGCUGUUUUGUUUUAUUGUUUUGCUCUUCCAUCUGACUGGAUGAAUCGGGUGCUAUCCCACUGCCUCUGCCCCCUAAUCAUUCUCGUGCUCCCCUUCCACCCUGCCACUGUCAUUGUUGCCCCUACACGCCUUUCCCUCUUAAAUGUUGCUUUAGCAACGCACAAAUGGCGUCUCAAUGUACAAGGCAUACACAGUCUUACAUAAACAAACACACAUAUAAAUAUACACACACACAAUACACAAACAUACAAAGAGACAUAUUUAAUCAUACGCAAAGUUGUACAUCUAGCCACAAACCCAAAGUAUUUCACAUAAAGCCUGUGCUUUUUGGGGAAGAGGUUAGUGUUUCCCCCCUCUGCUGUGCAACAGUGGAUCAUUCCGGAGUGGGCUGUGUUGGCAGCCCAGUGAGGCCAUCUCUCAGAGCGACCCAUUCCACAGCGCUGGUAGGGGAGGGUUGUGGACGGGCUCAGAGACCUCACGAUCGCACAGGACAACCAGCUCAUUUUUUUUUGUCUCUCAUUUCGGUUCUUUCAUUCUUUCUUUUACUUUUUUAAUGCAUUUUUAUGGCUAAUG